AUGGAUUCGGAUCCUAAUGAUCCAUUAGAUUGGGAAAAUUGGACAGGUGACAUGCCAUUUUGGCAACAUGCUUUUUGUGGUAGUAUUGCUGGAGUUAUGGAACAUAUUUCAUUGUUCCCCCUGGACACUAUUAAGACCAGACUACAAACUAACUCAACCAGUUCUUAUUCAAUCAAUUCUGGGAAUUCCAGAAACACACUGAAUUCACAAUGUAAAUCCAUAUACAACGGUGUUAAGAGGAGAUUAACGACUUACUCAAUUAACACUAAACUGAGUAAUCCCAGAGGACUAUACACAAACCUGUUUAAGGGAAGCAAUGUGAUAAUAAUCGGCUGUGUCCCAGCCCAUGUAUUAUAUUUUACUGUGUACGAAAAGAUAAAGAAUUCGGGAAAUAUUGCAAUUUCUGGCGCAACUGCAACAGUUUGCCACGAUUUAAUUCUCACUCCAGCCGACGUUAUUAAGCAGCGAUUGCAGCUUAAUCUACACAGUAGUACUCUAGAUUGUGUCGUAAACUUGUUAAAAACUGAGGGGUUUGGUGCUCUUUUCAGGUCACUCUCAAUAACACUCUUCAUGAAUAUUCCUUAUCACUCUUUAUUGGUCACUAUUAUUCACCUGUUAAAGAAGAUUAAUAAGGAAGAUAACACUAGUAAUUAUAAACAGUUUAUUUAUUCAGGAUUGGGAGGAGCGAUAGCUGGAGCACUAACAACGCCGUUAGAUGUUAUAAAAACAAGAUUACAAACACAAACAUGUCAUUACAAUAGUCAUCAACCAUAUUAUCCUCUCAAAUACAAAAAUAUAAUAAUGACUUAUAAGAAUAUAUAUCGUAAUGAGGGAUUAAGAGGCUUUAUGCGCGGGAUGAGUACCAGAGUCGGGAUGUGCACACCCUCAGCAGCCAUCUCUUGGGGCACUUACGAAACACUCAAAAAUCUCAUCAAACUACUCAACUAA